UCGCGGUUCACACGGCGGUGACGGCGGUCUGCCGAAUAGCUAGCAGACGUGGGGCAGUGUGAUAAGAGCGCGAAGUAAACCACACGACGGAUAGCAUACAGAAGUGGAUAUCGUACGUACGGUACACAGUAUACAGAUAGGAAGUCAAGAUGGCAGACGUAGCCGAAGAAAUCGUGGGUCAGGCAGUUGAGAAUUUAACAGAAAAUGCAAACACAAUUAGAACACGAAUACCCUCUACUCCUGAAGGAAUGGCAAUCGCCUAUGGCAGUCUCGUUGUUAUGGCUAUUCUUCCAAUUUUCUUUGGAAGUUACAGAUCCGUAAAGCACCAUAAGGAGCAGCAGAAACAAUUUGCAGAAAGUGGUGAAAAGCCAGAGACCAUGACUCAGAAGGAUGCUGCGAUGUUUCCUUUCAUCGCAAGCGGAGCUCUAGUAGGACUUUAUAUCUUUUUUCAGGUAUUUUCCAAAGAGUACAUCAAUUUGCUAUUGACGGGGUAUUUCUUCUUCCUUGGAGUCUUGGCUCUCUGCCAUCUCAUGAGUCCUCUAAUUUCAUCUUUGGUACCAGCUGCGAUACCAAAGACUCAAUAUCAUAUUCAUUUCACACAAGGUGACGAAGAUAACGCAGAAGACUUAAUAUACUACAAAUUCAAUCUCCAUGAUAUUGUUUGUCUAAUCUGCUGUUCUGUCGUGGGUGCUUGGUACUUGCUAAAAAAGCACUGGAUUGCAAACAAUCUCUUCGGAAUUGCAUUUGCUAUAAAUGGAGUAGAACUUCUACAUUUAAAUAAUGUUGUAACUGGCUGUAUUCUGUUGUGUGGACUGUUUGUUUAUGAUAUUUUCUGGGUAUUUGGUACCAAUGUAAUGGUGACAGUUGCCAAAUCUUUCGAGGCGCCAAUCAAACUUGUUUUUCCACAAGAUUUGCUUGAAAAGGGACUUGGAGGAUCUAAUUUUGCCAUGCUGGGCUUGGGUGACAUCGUCGUACCAGGAAUAUUCAUUGCACUGUUACUUCGGUUUGACCAUAGUUUAAGUAGAAAAUCAAAUACGUACUUCUAUGCCACAUUCUUUGCAUAUUUUAUGGGACUAUUGGCCACAAUGUUAGUCAUGCAUUUAUUUAAACACGCGCAACCUGCAUUGCUAUACUUGGUACCUGCGUGUUUAGGAACACCAUUGUUGCUUGCUCUGGUUAAAGGAGACCUCAAGGCGCUUUUUUCGUACGAAGAUCAUCCAUCAGAGGCUGUAAAUGUCGCUGGAGAUACACAGGCAGAAAUUAAGAAAGAUAAAUAAAAUCUUCCUGGGAAGCAAAGUAUCACUGUAACUCGUGGAACGUUCAACUGUCGUCAGUGAUCUGCUACACCACUAUUGCCAUGUGUAUAAUGAGUUGAAUCACAACCGAGCAUAUGGCAAGUAUCAUGACAAUGAUAAAGGUCUUCUACACAAAGAAGGCCAAUAACAUCUGAUGUAGAUAUACUAGGGAUUCCAAAAUUCUAUAUUAUCAUAUGAAUAGCAAAUUCCCCUCCUCUCACAUUUUGCCUCAGUAAGAUUAUUUGUGUUAUCCCAAACACACCGAAUACAGCACAUGCGUUGAUCCAUAUGAUUUUUUUUUCAUUUCUUUCUUUCAACUCUGAACAACAAUGGCACACAAGCAUAUUAUAUUUAUUAAAAUUGAACCUCGUAUUACCUGAAGCACCAUUAUAUAGCGUGGUGAAAACGAAUCAUGCUAGAGGGAGGUUGAUACAUCUUAAGAAUCAAUACCAGUAGUACUUUUGAGCGGAGCUAAUUUGGUUGUGAAUGGAAUAAUGAUAUUUUUUUUCGAGUCACUUAUGUUCAGGGACAACUCAGUUUCUUCACAUUACAUUGCGUCCCCAACUGGGCAAAUCCUGCCAGACACAUGAGUGACUUUUGAAGCAUUGUAACCAAGGGAACCUUACAAUGGACUUUUUUCCACGUAGUCAAAGUCUUCUAUUUUAAAUUAUUCGUACAUCCAGGUAUGAGUGUAUACAUAAGAGUUUUACUAACACGAGCCACUUCCUGCAGUUCUGAAUUUGUGUAAGAAGGAUAUCUCAACGUUUUCAACUGGCAAUCAGCUUUGAUAGCAAAAAUAUCCAACCUAAGGUAUUUGUAAAAAAUAUACAAUUUUCCACUAGAUAAUUCGAAUAAAAUGUGAAAAUUGGUAGAAUAUUCAACAAACACUUCUAAGACAUUUAUACAUCACUGCCAGAAAAAUGGGUAUCAUCAAAUAUAUUGCAAGUCUCUUUAGUGUUGAUGGAUAAGUUCUGUGUGAAUGGUGUUCAAAAUCGUUGAUAUACCAAGUAAACGGAUAUUAUACAAAAUUCUUAUGACCUUGACAUGUGCGUGAGUUCUUGAGUUGAUAUUCACAAACAGUAUCUCAUUCACGAAAUAUUUUAUAAUUUUAUAGACCAAUGAAUCUUACAGACAUUUUUUGAAGGAGUAUAAGUGAAAAUAACGUAGAGGUACUGUCUGAUUAAAUAUUUUUGCAAGACAUUAUUGCCACAUCGUCGGUGAUAUAUUUUAUGUGAAUUAUAUUUCCCUGUUUGUUUGCCACGUAUUUAUCAGUCAAGUAUAGAAGACUUAAAAAUUGCGCACAUGUUUUACAAAAAUUAAUUCUUCCACGUUGUGUUAAGGAGAAUUUAUAUUAUAUUCAAGAGUAUUUCUUUUUUUUCUGAUUAGAAAAAAAAAUCUAAGAGAGAAUAUUUGAAAAAAACUACUGUACUGUAACUAUGCAUAAACGGUCUUAGCAUAAUAAAUUAAUUCUGAUUAUACACUAGAUUUAAGCAACGAGAAAAUGAUGAAAGUUAUAGUAUAUAUCAUCUUUAUUUUCUCAUUCAAUAGACAUAUGGGUAAUACGUAACCACUUCUACCUUGAAGUGGUGUAAUCCCUCAGAACUUUUGAGAAAUUUUGGGAUUUGGAAAGCUUGGGUGUUUACAAUACAUACAUAAUGAAAUAAAACACUGCUUUUCAUUGA